AUGGCCCGGACCAUCGGCUCCGUCGGCUCGGCUCGGGCCAGGUCUCCCGUGAAAAAGCCUAAGCCGCCGCCUAAUAAUCCGCGAUUAAGCCGCGGCGCGCUGAACCGGAGCCGCGAGGGAGCCGCCGAGCCGGAGCCGGGGGGAGAAAAGGCUUGCGUCCGAACAAAGCAAGCGGGGUUUACUCGAGCAAGAAUCCCUGUGCCUGAGAAGACAACGGGUUUUGCUAAGCCUAAAGGCACAGUGAAAACCAUAGAGUGUCACGAUCCAAGCGAGUUGAUCCAUUGCGUCGACAUCUUCAAGCAACCUGCCUUUGAUAAUCCACUUCUGAAGAAUCACAUCCUCCUGUAUGCCCCGGUCUCUUUUCCCGGCAGCACUUGCCGUGCAGCGCGUGCGAAUGUCAAUGUGUGGAAUCCCACGAUAUUGGACAACGAAGUUAGUUUUGCUCAAACGUGGGUUGUAGCGGGACAAAACGAGGACCUGAAUACUAUCGAGUUUGGAUGGACGGUAAGUAAGGCUCCUAAUUUCGGCAAGCAGACCAGGUCAUUCAUAAUCUGGACUAGCGAUAACUACCAGAAGACCGGUUGCUUCAAUCUCGACUGCCCGGGAUUCGUACAAGUGGACCGCAGAAUUACUCUUGGAACUCCGUUGCAACCCAUACCCAGCUACAACGGGGAUCAAUCCGAGGUUUAUACGUCUGUAACCCAGAUAGAUCGUAUGAUGCUCAUCGUCUUCAUCUGGAUGCCCCAGGAUCCUGCUACCGGACAUUGGUGGCUUCGAUAUAAGAAUGUCGACGUAGGAUACUGCCCCAAAGAAAUCUUUACUACUCUAAGCACAGGUGCUGAUGGGAUGAAGGAUAAGGAUGCUCGUUACGGGGUUAAUUUCUUUUACGGCGGUCCUGGGUACUCAGACCUGUGUUUGAAGUAG